AUGAUUGCUCCACUGCUUGACUACUUCCGCCACAUCCUCAUUGAUACACCUUCGUCAGGUAUCAUCGCUGUUCUUCUUUGCAUUUUUACAACAUGCUUAUACCUUGGGAAAAGCUGGAGGAAGAACGCGCGCCUUGAGCACACGUUAAACAUAAAAGAUCCAGGCAACGGAUCUACACGAGAAGAGAAUGGGUCUGGAGAUAUAAAACUGAAGCCCACGGCUAAUGGACAUCGUUUCACUCCAUCUAUCUCUACCCAUGCUGUCGUGCCCUUGAACAAAGAUGGCAAGCCAGUAGCCUGCCGAAAGAUUGGCCUCCAGUCGCCGAGCAACCUUGCCGAUGAAUAUGACUCUGUCUACGAUGGUCCCGCUCAGAAAGAGAAGAACAGUACGUGGCGAGUCAAAAGCGCCUGGGCAUAUCCUGUCAAAAGUUGCAAAGGUGUAGAGCUCGAUACAUUCAAGGUCACAGGGUUAGGUGUGGAGUAUGACCGACAAUUCUCGUUCGCACAAUAUCAAAAACGACCAAAAACGCACGACGAGGGCUGGAAGUUCGUCACACAACGAGAGAUACCCGCAUUGACGAAUAUCGAAACAGAAAUCUGGGCGCCAGAUCCCUCAAGCUCAGACUACACUCCUGACCACCCCAAUGUCCAGAGCGAGGGCGUCAUCAGCAUCUGCUGGCCAGAAGAAAUGUCCAAUCGAACCGUCUACGUCCCCUUCAAACCCUCAGCAUCACAGAUCAAAGAACAAAAUUAUGCAACUGUCGACAUGAACAUCUGGAACGACACGCCCCCGGCCCUAAUCCUCUGCUCCACCUCCUCCCUCUCCCAUCUCCCCAACGGUCCCACCCCCUGGCUCUCCUCCUUCGUCCACUACCUCUCUACUACAAGCAGACUCCUCAACCCUCGCCAAAUCUCCUCCUCAGGGACCCUGACCGGCCCCUCCUACGACCUUAACAAACCCUUCGCUCUCCUACGCAGCGCCCCGGCGUACCCCCGAUCGGUCUUCCGCAACGCGCCCCGCAAAGAAACACUCGGCUACCAGCCCACCAUCGGCUUUCAAGACGCAUACCCCGUCCAGCUCCUCGGCCUCGCCAGCGUGCGCGACGUGGGCCGAAAACUCGCGCCUGGCACGCCGCCUCUCAGCGCGAAGAACUUCCGGUCGAACAUCAUUGUUGUAGGCGGGAACGCGUAUGAGGAGGAUCGGUGGAAAUACAUCCGCUUUCACGAAGCCACGGAGCAGGGGAACGAGGAAGGGAGGGAGAACGGGGCAGAAUUCCACGUCGCAUGCCGCACAUCGCGCUGUCUGAUGCCAAACGUGGACCAAGACACAGGGAAGAAGGAUGCAGUGGAGCCGAACAGCACGUUGCGCAGUUUCCGCAAGAUCGACGCCGGGUGCAAGAACGAUGCGUGUUUAGGCAUGCACAUGGUCCCCGCCGCGCAAGAGGGGCGGUGGAUCAGUGUUGGAGACGAGGUGGAUGUUGUGGAGGUGACGGAUGAGCAUUUGUAUGUGGGGAGUAAGCAGGGAUAG